UAUACAUAAAUACAUAUAUAUAUAUAUAUAUAUAUAUAUAUAUAUAUAUGUAUAUAUAUAUGUUAUAUAAUAGACUUAUAAUAAUAAAAAUUUAAUAAAACAGCAGCACAUUAAUCAUUUUGUAUAGAGGAUAAAAUUUAAAUAAAACGAUAUGGCUAAUAUAAUAUUAAUUGGAUGCCUUGCAACGCUAGGAGUUAUAAUUGCUAUAUUAUUGUUUUUGGCUGGUGGUUAUUUAUGGUGGCGUCAUAAACGUUCUCAAUUACAAUUUAUUGAACCGAAUGAAGAUGAAGAAUCUAGUAGUGGCAGCAUGCGUAUCCCACAAACGACUUUACCAGAAGCACAUCAAGAAUCAAUACCACAACAACAACCAAUAACAAAAUUGGGACAAUCGCAACAUACACCAGCUACGCCCAUUCAAAAUAAUAUUAACCGAAAAUUAAAUGGAUUCUUAAAUUUGAAAACACCCCUAAUAGGUUUCACCGAACCAUUUAGGACGGCAGCACAAAGCCCACAAACAAAAUCACCAGGCGGUUCAAAUUCCGGCAUAGAACGGGACUCAACUGGAGGAAAAGAAAAUUCAGCGAAUCGAAGUGUUUCAAUGGUUGAUAUGUAUAUUGAUAAUUCAGAACCAAGUGAGAAUGUUGGACAAAUUCACUUUUCAGUAGAAUAUGAUUUUCAAAAUACUACAUUAAUAUUAAAAGUUUUACAGGGUAAAGAGCUACCAGCUAAAGAUUUAAGUGGAACGUCUGAUCCAUAUGUCAGAGUAACAUUGUUACCUGAUAAAAAACAUCGUUUAGAAACAAAAAUUAAAAGAAGAACGUUAAAUCCACGAUGGAAUGAAACAUUUUAUUUUGAAGGAUUUCCGAUACAAAAAUUACAGUCACGGGUGCUGCAUUUGCAUGUGUUUGAUUAUGAUAGAUUUUCUAGGGACGAUUCCAUCGGUGAAGUUUUUUUACCAUUAUGUCAGGUUGAUUUUGCUGGUAAGCAAUCAUUCUGGAAAGCAUUAAAACCACCGGCUAAAGAUAAAUGUGGUGAAUUGUUAGCAUCUCUUUGUUAUCAUCCAUCGAAUUCAAUAUUGACGCUUACAUUAAUAAAAGCAAGAAAUUUAAAAGCAAAAGAUAUUAAUGGAAAGUCAGAUCCAUAUGUUAAAGUCUGGCUACAAUUUGGUGAUAAACGUGUUGAAAAAAGAAAGACUCCAAUUUUUAAAUGUACUCUUAAUCCAGUAUUUAAUGAAUCAUUUAGUUUCAAUGUACCAUGGGAAAAAAUACGUGAAUGUUCUUUAGAUAUUAUGGUAAUGGAUUUUGACAAUAUUGGUCGCAAUGAGCUUAUAGGAAGAAUAUUAUUAGCUGGUAAAAAUGGAUCAGGUGCUUCAGAAACAAAACAUUGGCAAGAUAUGAUUUCGAAACCUCGACAAACCAUAGUACAAUGGCAUCGAUUAAAACCUGAAUAAAUAUGUACAUAAUAUGUAUAAUGUAUACAUAAUAUGUAUAAUGUAUAUAUAUAUAUAUAUAUAUAUAUAUUAAUAUGUAUAUAUUAAGUUAAUGUGUUAUACAUUCAUAUAAAAAUAUGCAUAAUAUACAUUUAUCAUAAUAAUAUUUAUUAAAUAUAAAAAUUAAGUUAAAAAAAGAAAAAGAAAUUCAUGUAUUAAUUAUAUAUAAAAAUUAGAGUGUUCAUAUAUAAGAAAUCAAGUGCAAUCAAAUUUUUAUCUAUGCAAAUAUUUAAAGAAAAAAGUUAUUUAGAUUUCUAUAAAAUUUUUUUACUACCUUUUCCAAUCUAACUCGAGUUACUUUUUACCAUACAUGCAAGUGCAAAUAAAACUCCCUAAUUUAAAAAAUGUUAUAAUACGAUAUUAAUAUACAAUUCAGCUUAUGGUAAAAUAUGAUUUCGGAACCUCAUUAUAUUUUAUGCAUGUCCUUAUAUGUAAUAUUUUGAUUACAAAUUUUACAUUGUAUUAAUUUCAAAGUUUCAUUGAGCAAUAUGCGAAAUUAAUUUGCUGAAUAAAAUUAACAAUGACCAAAAAUUUAUACUUAACUUAUAAAAUAUUUUUUCCUCUUAUCUUCUAUUUCGCUUGCAAAAAAACAGAAAUCUAAAUAGCAAUAUGGAAUA